AUGGCGGCGGCGUGCCUGGUGCUCCGGAGGUCGCUGCGGGCGGGACAACUGCUCGGGGGGAGGCCGGUCUGGCCACAGCCGCCACAGGCCAACAUGUCGUUCAGCACCAUGUCCCGGGGCCGGAGGAUGGCUCUGUCCACUCUCGGUGUAGUGCUGGCUGGGGGAGCCGGCUUGGCAUUGGCCCUCCACAGGUCCGUGAAAGCUUCUGACUUAGAAUUACACGCUCCCAGCUACCCCUGGAGCCACGGCGGGCUCUUCUACUCCCUGGAUCACGCCAGCGUCCGUCGGGGCUAUCAAGUAUACAAGCAGGUGUGUGCGGCCUGUCACAGUAUGGACUAUCUGGCCUUCAGGAACCUGGUUGGUGUUUCCCAUACAGAGGCUGAAGUCAAAGCCUUGGCUGAGGAGUUUGAGAUCUUGGACGGUCCUGAUGACAACGGUGAGAUGUUCACUCGUCCUGGGAAACUGUCUGACCACUUCCCCAAGCCGUACCCCAACCCCGAGGCAGCUAGAGCAGCCAACAAUGGCGCCUUGCCCCCUGAUCUCAGCUACAUUGCCAACGCCAGGCAUGGAGAGGAGGAUUAUAUAUUCUCUCUCCUCACCGGGUACUGCGAUCCUCCAGCCGGUGUCGCUGUGAGGGAAGGCCUGUACUUCAACCCCUACUUCGUGGGCCAGUCUAUCGCCAUGGCUCCUCCUAUCUAUGACGAGGUGCUGGAGUAUGAUGAUGGGACCCCGGCCACAAUGUCUCAGGUGGCUAAAGACGUCUGCACGUUCCUGCGGUGGGCCGCCGAACCGGAAUACGAUGACCGCAAGCGCAUGGGCCUCAAAAUCAUCAUGAUGGCGACUUUCAUCACCGCUUUUAUCUACUACAUGAAGAGACAUCGGUGGUCUGUGAUGAAGUCCCGGAAGAUGGCCUACAAACCUCCUCAGUAA